GCCACUUCCUAAAUCAAGGCAGAGCUACAUUUGUGCUGAAGUGAAGCAGAGUCACAAAGAGAGAGACUCUCAGAAUGAAGUGCAAUGCUGGAUGUUGGGGAAACUGAUUCAGAAUAUUUAUGUGUUAAGGGACCAAAGGAAUAAUACACACAUUUGAAGACAAGAAAAACAGAUCUCCUUGGGAAAGGAGGUCUGAAUACUUUUGCAAAGGUUCCUUGUUAUUAUUUUCCUAGGAUCAUGGGAAGUACCUUUACACCUGUGCCAUCAAACUAUUCAAAUGGGUCUCAUUAUGAAUACACGGAGCCACAGAUGGUCAUAUUGGGCAUUGUUAUGUCUGUGUUAGUGCUUGCCAUAGUGUUUGGCAACUUGCUUGUGAUCAGUGUGAUUGCAAAGUUCCAGAGACUUCAGACUGUCACAAACUGCUUCAUAACUUCUUUGGCUUGUGCGGACCUGGUGAUGGGACUCAUUGUGGUCCCAUUUGGGGCUUGCUCUAUCUUGCUGAAAGACUGGAAAUUUGGGAAAUUCUGGUGCAGGUUCUGGACUGCUACAGAUGUCCUCUGUGUGACUGCCAGCAUAGAGACUCUGUGUGUGAUUGCCCUGGAUCGAUAUCUAGCUAUCACAUCACCAUUCAGGUACCAGUCCCUGUUAACCAAAUGCAAAGCCAGGAUUGUGGUUCUUGUUGUUUGGGUGGUGGCAAGUUUAAUUUCCUUUUUGCCGAUCCACAUGGACUGGUGGAAAUCUAAGGAUCCUGUGGCAGAAGACUGCCUGAAAAAAGAAGACUGCUGUGAGUUUUUCACAAACACUCCCUAUGCCAUCACGUCCUCCAUUAUCUCCUUCUACAUACCUCUGGUGAUCAUGGUCUUCGUCUACUGCAGAGUGUUCCAAGUAGCCAAGAAGCAGCUGAAGAAAAUCGACAAGUGCGAGGGGAGAUUUCUCGGCAAGAGCAACAACGAAGAUGUCAAGAACAGCAAACCAGGUCAGAGGAAGACGUCCAAAUUUUGCCUAAAAGAGCACAAAGCUUUAAAAACGUUGGGAAUAAUCAUGGGAACCUUCACAUUGUGCUGGCUGCCCUACUUCGUACUCAAUGUAGUUAAUGCCAGUGUAAAACUGGACAAUAUUGAACUCCCUUUUAGGAUCCUAAACUGGAUAGGAUAUGCCAACUCUGCGUUCAACCCUCUUAUUUACUGUAGGAGUCCAGAAUUUAGGCACGCUUUCCAGGAGAUCCUGUGUUUGAGAAGAUCGCCUUUAUACAAGAUGGGACAAAUCAAUGGAGAUCCUUACAGUGAACACAGCUGGCAAAAUGACCAGCAAGCAAAAGUUAGUAAAUUUCAUUCUGAGAACUCGAUUACUAUAGAUAGAACAGUGCUGAACUGUAACGGUAUCAAUUUAAACAGCGGCAUUGCAACAAAUGGGAAUUGCAACAGUGCUCUUGCAACAGUCAUAUAAUGUGUUGACAUACUUGUAGGUGACUUUAAAUGAUCAACCUCAUAAAACCUAAAUUAUCUGGUAAGCAUUGUUCUUUUUUUAUUUUGCAUAAAUGCAGUGCUUCAUUUUUUGUUUUUAGAUUUUUUUCACAGUGCCAACUUUAAAAGUCAGCAGUUUAGUGUGUGUUAUGUGUUGUGUGUUCCAUUUAAGGGUCCACUCAAAAAUGCAUGUUCUUUCUGCAAAGUAGGUACUGAAAAUUCACAUUUCACCUACCUCAUUGUCCUUAUUGUUAGAAUAAAGCAUUUAAAUAUGAUACAUGUCUUGAAAAUUGAUUCUGUUACAGACCAUUUCUUUCCCCCCAGGAUUGAAUAGUAAUGCAGACCUAAGUUACAGUACCAGGAGUAGACUGCCUUAAAUAUGUAAUCAUCAUUUAUGAUUGCUUCUUGGGAAACUGAAAAGUACACUGUAUAAAGUUACAUAAACAUAUAUAUAUAAAAUGCUUUCAAAAUAUAAAUAUAAUUUGGUCUUUAAAUCAAAAUAGUUUUGUCAGCAUUUUGUAUGGCAUUAGUCACGUCCAUAUUUUUAUAUCUUUAAAAAAAACUGUUUAUUACAUUCCAGUUUUUCUUUAUGAAAAUCUUAAGCAAGAAAGGGACUUUCAGUGAACUGCUUGGCAGCCUGCGGCAGCCAAAUGGGUAACCUUAAGCGUAGAUUAAAAAUAACAGGUGCAGAUUGUAAUUCUCCCUGUGGUGAAGUUGCAUUUCUGACCACUUGAGAUUUACAUUGCCUUUUCAUUUGCUGAUAAACUUUUAAGGUUAAGGUUAAUUUUGUUGAUGAUAACAAUCUUUAUUUUUUUGAACUGUGUGGUGUUUUUUAUGAUGCUAACCGCAAACAAAAAACCACGAUUUGCAUAUCGACUGCCCUUAAAUACACAAGCAGUCCCAAGCACAACUUGCAUAUUUAUCCCAAACGUCUUAACGUCUCUGUUGACCAUAUGCUGUACAGUGUUUGUUGUAGGUUUAGCUUAUUAUUCUCCAGAUCUCAAAUGAAUCUUAUAAAGAUCAAAUGCACAUGGCACACCUCUGGGGAAAUAGAUGCCUGUCUUAUUUUUGCAUUUAAAUAUACUGGCAUGUUAAGUGUUAAAACUUUGACUGGGAUUUUUUACUUUAAAAGUUAUUUGUCUGUAAGUGAGCCCUCUGCCAAAAUAGAUGCUUCUGUUUUAGUCAGAUAUCAGAUAUCAAUUUCCAAAAAAAAAAGAUUCCCCUUAAAAGAAUGUAGAAGGUUUUUGCCCAACUUAUAGGCAUUAAAAGGGAUGGAAAAUUGCAGCGCAGGGUGUUAGCCACUUGAAUCUAUGAAAAGUUUAUUUUAAAAGAGGAAUCGAUUUAGAAAAUACAGAAGCAUGCAGUGUAAAGUACAUCGUUUCUGCUUUCACAGAAGCAUGAACUGGUUUCUCCAUUUGUAGUCUUGUGUUUUGUGCACAUCGGUGAUUAAUGUUAAUCGAAACCAAACUGUAGUGUUUGUGCUCCCCUUGUGCAUAUUAACAGCGAUCAGCGACAGCGUGAAUGUGACUUUCCUUUCAAGCAUAACCAGGGAUCAGUGCCAAAAAAUUGAACUUGUAAAUAAACCACACUUGCUUUUGUGUUCUUUAUUUGAAGUUAUUCAGAUCCAGCUUAGUUGAGCUUUAAAAGACUGCACUCAGUUAAUCUGUCCUGCGUGAUCGUUUCACUCUAAAACUCCCCCCUUUGAAGUAAGUCAGAAGAAGUGCAUAAGGCAUUGACUGAAUUCCUAACCAUAGCAGUAAAACAAAGUGAAAAAGCAUAUGGACUUGUCACAGCUAACGUCUAGAGUGUAUUGCAUUUCCCCUAAGUCUAGAACACUGAAGCUAACGGAAGACUCACAGAAAUGCAUUAACCAGAAAACCAUUAGAUAAAUACGUUACAAUACUGCUGAGAAAUUAUAUAGCUGUUAUGACUACAGUGCAAAACAAUACCUAACUGAAACUUUGGCUUUAAGUUUAAAAACAAAUGAACAAUUAUGUUGAAAAUUUGAACAAAUGUAAAAUCCAGAAUAACCUAAUUUAAUCCUUACUCUACAGAUUUUUUUAAUUAUUAUUAUGACUAUCAGUUAAGUUAUGUUUUUUAAAAUCUCAGUACUGUAUCAAUCAAUUAAUGGUUUACAUGUUUGGUGCAUUAAUGUGUGAAACUAAAUAUCGUUCUUUACGUUGCAAUGCAGUUUUGCUUGAAAUGCUGUGUAGCAUUUGCACAUGCUGGCCUCUACUGGCGGUUUUCAUACGCACACUUUCUACAAACUCUUAGUGUUGUGGUUUGUAGCACUGUAGGAGAAUAUAUUAAUGUGUAAUAAACUUGAGGUGAGCAAGCUGAUUCAUCAAGUCCUAAAACACAAUACAAUCCCCCAACACCCACCACUAACGACACACAGUUUUUUUUUUGUUGUUGUUGUUUUUUGUUUUGUAAUUAUUAUUCUUUAUUUAACUAGACUACAGUACUGUAUGUUUUAACUCAAAAGGCAGUCUUUAAAUUCUAGUGAUACAGGGAGUACUGCAAGUCAGACAUCAUAGGCAAUAUCAUAUAUUAUGUUCUCUGGUAAUUCGGACGUCCACACACUGUUGACUGCACCACCCUGCUGAAUGUUUCUCUUUGCUUAAAGGCAUUUCACAGCUCAAAGAAUUAGACAACCAAUAUUAACAAUAAUACCUCUGAUGCCUGACCAUUAGGACACUCAGUGUAAUGCAAGACCGUUUCUGAGUGUGUGCUUACAUUUGCAGGCUAAUGCAGAAUAUGUUUAGUCUCAAGUGUGUUAAUGUGUGUGGUGGGGGUUAGAAGACACAUGUAUUAUGUAUACAACAUAUACUAUAUGAGGUGUUGGCAAUGUAAGAUAACGUUAAGUAGUCUCAUGGUCUGAAGACAAAGGUGGUGACAAGGACUCAGCUUGCUCACCUCUAGCAAAUAUGUUUAUUAUAAUUAUAUGAAGCUCUUUUUGCACAUUUUUUUUAAUAAUAAAUAUGUGAAGUUCCAUUGUACAGUAUAUUUAUGUGGUGCAAAUGCUGUCUGACAUUUGUGUUUGAAAAAUAAAGUGUAUUUAACUUA